AUAGCUAUAGAUUGAACAAGGGGCUCAUGGGUGGUGUUCUGGUAGCAUUUUGCUUGGCACAAUUUUGACUGUCAUAUUUUUCGCUUGCCUUUAACUUCCAGAACAGACAAAAGCAGCACAAAAGCGGCAGGCAACAAACGGAACUCAAACGCUAAGUAUAGACGUUGUAAGUUAAAGGCACACUUGAGAUGGAACUGAUUCUAGAAUUUUAAUAGUGUGAUAUGUGUGAACGAUGGGAAUUAAACCUAGAAGCAGUGGAUUCACUAGCCUGGUAACAUAGUUUGAUCCUCAUACCAGGAAGGUUGAAUAGCCCACGGUAGCCUUACUCAUAAUUCAAUUACACGUCCUUUUCUCACGCUGUCGUGUUGAGAAAUCCAGACCAUUGUUGGAGGAAGUUAGUCUGGUUUAUUCACCAGAGCAACGCUGCAAUAAGAUGUAAACUUUAGUCAAGGCAGCACCAAUUCUGUUAGUUGUGGCAAGAAUGCACUACCAGAGUGAACAACUGCCAUAUUUCGUACCUCAGCCAACUUUUUUUAAUAGAAAACAAAAUACUGCAAACACCUGGUCAAAUCGCUGUAGGCAAAAAGACGGUAGUCAAAUAUUAAACCCGCACACGAAAAAUGUUGUUGGAAGAUGAUAUACUGUUGCAGGUGACGGAAACUUUUUUCUCAAUGUGUGAAGUUCGUGUUCUUGAAGCGCUUUCACCUGACGUGACCCACAUCCGGCACCGGGGAGCUUACAACUUGACCGCGGCCGGCCAGGGGUCACCGCUCUUUUUGUAGAGGAGUAAAUCUAGAUGUUGUUUUUCUCUACCUGCCAUUGAUACAUCUGUCACACCCCAUGUAUCACAUAUAGAAGCCCCAGGUGUGACGAAUGUAAAAAUAUCUGUCAUUCACCUUAGACACUAGUUUGAUCAAGCACUGGCGAAAUUUAUGGCAGGCUUCUUGUAUUUGCCUGUACCUUUCACCGAAGUAAGACUGCUAAAAACUGCAAAAUGCAUGCCAUUUAUAGAAACAAGACUAAGCACGCGGGAGAAGACUUCGGGGACUCGUUGAUGAUGGCGAGCUCCUUUCCGAGCGUCCUGUCCCCGACGGGCGGCGAGCACGACCCAACUCUGCCAGGCGACUCCCCGGUGAUCGUCAUUCCAAAGACUGCCGACACCGUCAUGAAGGUGCGGCACCAGAACGACAUCCACAACCGCAAACGCCAGGAGGCGGUGAAGUCGGCGCAGCUCCAGAGAGAUGCCGUCAUCAAGUACCUGACAACAGAGCAAAGACGUCUUCAGCUACGUCUUGCACAGCUAAGGUCAAAGACAGCCGCUGUUACUGGGUAUCUGUCGGAGGCGAGAUCGCCGAGGACAGGUAGGAAGGCGCUAAGUCAUGGUCAUGACCUGUUUAUUUCCCAGCCACAACGGGGAAGGACAGCGAUGAGUGAUCGGCCCGUCCCGUCCCCACCAAGCACGGCGCCGGUGCGGCCUGUUAGAGACUCAGCUAGAGACUCCUCAAGGCAACGUUACAGCGCUGGGAAAGAGAACGACCCGUUAACACAAGAAGGCGCCCUGCAUUCAGGGACGCAGUACCGCGACCACUACCUGGUCAGCACCCCGCCAAACGUCCGGCGCAGGAUCGUCGGACAGACCCGCUACCUGGUGCCGCCUUCGCCGCUCGCCUUUACGACAUCUCGAUCAGCGGAGGAGGUAAGGACGACCAAAACACCCCCUGGCAGCCCCGUGCUUAACGGUCUUCAAAGGGCGGACUCUUCUGAUGAACAUCUGUACGAUCCAGCCUCACCGAAGGCGUUUCGGCUGUCCCCGACCGGUCUAACGGAUGCGAAGAAAAACUCGACGACGUUUCCUCCCAUCCACGCGCACAAGUCUGGAAAGAACUUCAAGAAGGUGUCCGACGUGGAGGCGUGGAGAAUCCACAACUUAGCGCGCGAGUACCUGCCACAGCCUGAGGUAACUCUGUCUCCUCCGUCCCAGGAAAAGUGGGCCCAUACAUUGGCUUCUUACCAAACUAACGGAGCGCCAGACGCCGACGCACCGGCACCUGCAGAUGACGACGCCGUGGAAGCGGUGAGCCAGGGGCAGCGGCCGCCGUCCAUGUGUUUUGAUCUCCACUUCGGAUCUCCGUGGGAGCGGCCAGACUCGGGAAGGAGCUGCGGCUCGACAUUAACCGCUAAUGGUUCCGUCUACUCCGAGAUGAACCAAGACGAGCUGUUAGUGCUGCCUCGCAGUCGGGCGCUGGCCUAUCUCCACCCGAACACCUGUGUGCAGAUGAAGCCGUCGGAAAUCGUCUCGAAGAUCGAGGUAAAGACGGGUAAGACGGGGAUUAUGGCGUGGCUGGGGGAGGGCUCGUGCGGAAUGGGGCGCGCCAUGAGAGAGACCGCGCUCCGUAAGAAACAGGACCAUUUCAAGGAUUAGUCUUAUCAAGAGGUAUUUGGCACAGACGUAGACCGUGCACAAGAUUUUACGAUUAAUUGUUGCUAUGAUUCACUGUAUAUACCUGUAGAAAUGUAGGUCUACAGAAGUCUAACCUAGUCCUGUCAAUAGUUUGAGUAAAAAGUUAUAUCAAAGGCUAUUUUUGUCUUUGAAGAAGGCAUUUUUACUUAAAGGGCAUCCAAACUGAGUAAACGAGUACUAAAAGAAUGCAAACGCCAGUCGUCUGCCUGGGAAUUAUAGGGACAAGCUGGCUAGCCCAGGUACCUGGUCACUCAGUGUUGUUUCAGAUACAUCAGUGAUUUAAUCAAGUUCAUGGUUUUCCUUACAAAUGCUCAAGUUCGAACUGAAAUCAAUGUUAAACAUGAACAUAAAUCACAGUAAAAUUUUCAAGAUGUAUAUUCAUAUUUCAGUAAUAAACAGAAUGUUGCAGUGUUCUCCUGCCAUUGA